CUUCCUCACCAUGAUGAGAGAAGAGAUGAGGAGAGAAAAGAUGAUGACAGUCAUUAGCCUUACUACUACUUACUCGGUGAAGAAGAUGAUGAGCUGUGCGUGAGAGGCGUUGUACAAAGGAUUGGCCCCCACCACCCAUGUGCCAUCCCUCCUGUCUCCACCAGCUCCUGCCGCUCAAUCAUUAGCCCUCUGUUCCCCCCCACCAUCUUUUUCUUCCUCCUCCUCCUCCCAAUCCUCCCCCAUCCGCCAUUUUCUCCUCCGCUUCCGGCUGUGUUUUUCUUCCGUUUCCGGCCUAAAUGUCGACGACCUCCGUGGACUGCAACGGAACCCUAAUCGACCCACACCACCACCAGCAACAGCAGCAGCAGCAGGUGGGUUCCGGUAAUGGGUCUUUAGUUGUCAAGAAGCCGCCGGCUAAGGACCGGCAUAGCAAGGUCGACGGCCGCGGGAGGCGAAUUAGGAUGCCGAUCGUUUGCGCCGCUAGGGUUUUCCAGCUUACCCGCGAGCUUGGCCACAAGUCCGACGGCCAGACGANAAUGUCGACGACCUCCGUGGACUGCAACGGAACCCUAAUCGACCCACACCACCACCAGCAACAGCAGCAGCAGCAGGUGGGUUCCGGUAAUGGGUCUUUAGUUGUCAAGAAGCCGCCGGCUAAGGACCGGCAUAGCAAGGUCGACGGCCGCGGGAGGCGAAUUAGGAUGCCGAUCGUUUGCGCCGCUAGGGUUUUCCAGCUUACCCGCGAGCUUGGCCACAAGUCCGACGGCCAGACGAUUGAGUGGCUCCUCCGCCAGGCGGAGCCGUCGAUUAUUGCCGCCACCGGUACCGGGACGAUCCCCGCUAGCUUCUCCACGAUUUCUCCGUCUUCCAGGAGCUCUUCCUCUCUCGGGACGUCUCUAUUGGCUUCGUUCGACCAGAAGCCUGUCGCUCCGGCGCCGUUCCUUCUCGGGAAGCGGCUGCGGGUCGAGGAGGACGGCCUGGACGACGGCGGUAGAGGGAACAAAGACGAGGUCUCGGCCGCCGCAACCGUCGUCGGCCCCGCCGCCGGAUUUUGGGCGUUCCCGGGCAGGCCGGACUUCGGGCAGGUCUGGAGCUUCGCUGCCCCUCACGAGAUGGUGGUGCCGUCGCAGGCGGCGGCCGUAUUGAAUUCCCAGGCGACUCGAUUUUUCCAGCAGCAAUUAGGGGAAGCGUCGGCGGCUAGGGUUGGGAACUACUUGCCCAUUGCACAAGGGCACCUUAAUUUGCUAGCCUCCCUCUCCGGCGCUCCCUCCUCCGGCCGGAGAGACGACGACGACGGCCAUUGAAGCUUCUUUCCGGGGAGCUGAUGAUGCUAGUACCAUUAAUGUUUGUUUCUUUUUUUGUGUGUGUGCCUUUUCUUAGGCCAUGUUAGAAUGACUCCAAUUUUGACACCACACAUAACAAUCAAUCUAUAAAUUUGUUUGCAGAUAUGAUUAUCAUCCGUCUUAUCUCUGCGAAGCAUGAGUAAACUCACGAUAACACCCACCCUAGCAUGACUCAAUUCAGUAUGUCAAGUGUCCUACAAAUUUACAUACGGUUGUCAUCGGUGGUGUCAAAAUUUGUGUUAUUCUAGCACUUUUGUUUGUUUUAGUUUUUGCUAUUGUUGUUUUUGUAGAUGGACAAACUGGGUUUUAGUCUUUUUUAGGUUUAGGUUUUCCAUUGAGUGAUGGCAUUGAUACUGAUUAGGGUUUUUUCUUCUUCUUUGAAUUGGAUGAAUUGCUGCUGUUAGAAAUUGAGGGGAAUUUUGCUUCUUUAUCAGUGCUUAAAAAAGUGCUAAAUUUUCCCAGGUAGGUUUUGGACCAACAAAGAAAUGGUGGGGCUGGAA